AUGUAAUUAGAAGCUCCAUAAAUUUUUGAAUUCAAUUGUUUUAAAAAGGGAUAAAAGGGUAUAAAACAUUAUAAAGGAAUAUUAAAUAACAACAAACUUGAACUCUAUAAAGUAUAAUAUUAAUUUAAUAGAUAAAAGGAGAAUGCCAAGGUCUCAAAAUAUAUUUUACCUAUUUAAUUGUAAACUCACAUCAAAUGGGAAGUUGAAGAAGAAAAUGUUAAUGGGAAGAAACAUUAUAAAAUAGUGUCAUUUAAGUUUUAAUAAGUAAUUUGUAGCAAUUAAAUUUUAAGAUUAAACAAAUAAGAGAAUCAUAAAUUGCUAAAGUAACAAGUUUUUGUGGUGAUGAUGUGACUUUAACUAGAUUAAAAGAGCAUUUGAGAAAUAAAAUAAUCUUCCAAAGAAUAUAAGAUUUUUACACGCCUCUUUAAACUUUAGGAAAAGGAGCUUCUUCUAGAGUAUUGUUAGUAAGACAUAAAAAUUCAGAACUUUAUUAUGCUGCGAAAUGUGUUGAUAAGUCAUAUGUGAAUGAAACAGAAAAUGGAAUUGUAUAAUUUGUAUUUUAUUAAUUUAAGGAAUCAAUGUUUUAAGAGAUAUCUAUCAAUAAUGAUUUAGAUCAUCCUUCAUUUAUUAAAUUACAUGCAGUUUAUGAAGGUGACAAUACUUUUUAUAUGGUUAUGGAUUUAUUAGAAGGAAAGAGUUUGCAUGAUGAAUUAAAUAGCCACAAAAAUGGUUUUCCUGAAGAUAUAGUGCGUAAUGUUAUGUGGGUAGCAUUUUUUUUUAAAUUAAUUUUUAGUAAAUUCUAACAGGAAUAGAAUAUAUGCAUAAUAAAAAUAUUAUGCAUCGUGAUCUUAAACCAGAAAAUAUUAUGUUAUAAAAAAAAUCUGAUCUUAAUUCUUUAAAAAUAGUUGAUUUUGGUUUGGCAACCUAUUGUAAUUUAGAAAAGUAACCUAUUAAUUAUUUAAUUUUAGAUAUUUAUUUCCAAAAUGUGGUACUCCUGGAUAUGUUGCACCAGAAAUUGCAAAUUUAGUAGAUAAAUCAGAAAAAUAUGAUAAAGUAUGUGAUGUAUUUAGUGCUGGAGUUAUUUUCUUUAAAUUGUAAUUAAUUUAUCUAUUUAUUUAUAGAUUAACUGGUAAAGAUUUAUUUCCAGGAGUUGGAUUUAAUUUAGUAUUAAAGUUAAAUAAAUAAUGUAAAAUUGAUUUGACACCAUUAUAAAUGAAAAAAAUAGAUCCUAGUAUCAUUAAUUUAAUUCAAAGAAUGCUUGAAAAAGACCCUACAAAAAGAAUUUCAGCUAGUGCAUGUUUAUUAGAAUCAUUUUUUGAAAAAAGUCAUAAUCAAAAUCAUGAUCUUAAACUUUAAUAAACCUCCUCUUAAAAAAAAUAAUUUUUUUCUUCUGGAGGAAAGAAUUUUUAAACUCAAGAAUUUUAAACUGACUCACCCUCAUUAUAAAAUACAAAAUAAGUUGAAAAAGGAUCUUUCGUUACAUAAGACUGUGCAUUUAAAGGAUUCAAAGAACCUCAACAUGGCAAAGUUAUGUAAAAAUUCAAUACUACUGAAUUUGAUCGUGUAGAUAUAACAGGAAGUCCUAAUGAAAAAAAAAAUAGUAAAUUUGCCAAUACAGAUUAAAUUGAAGAGGAAGAUGAAAAAUGAUAUAAUAUAAAUAUUGAAAAGUUAAUUAUUUUUUAA